CGAGUGCGCUGACACACACAGCAGCGCGGGGAGGUCGUUUAUAUAUAUUUUUUAUUUUUGGGGAGAAAUUUGUGGAGGUGAUCAUCAACGGGAGUGCGCGCGCCACGGGCUAUUUCUGCCGAGCUCCUCUUACCAGUUGCGCCCUCGCACUCCGACUAAAGCGGGCUUUGGCAGCGAGCGUCGAAAAGGAGAGAGAGAUGUCUGCUUAGACGAGACGGAGUGGGGUGGGGUGGGGAGAAGGUUGCGAGCGGUGUUCAUGGUAAGCGCUUGAGUCGGAUCUGCGGGCCAGCGAGGAUCGAGGAGGCUCGGCGGAUCGGACAAGGUUUUGCGGAACGUCAAGAAGCAGCAAUGUCGACGGACUCGCAGGCCGGGCGUGCCAGCGUGCGCUCUCGCACGUUCAAGAGCCGCAUCCUGCAGCGCUUCCGCGACAAGUGGAAGCUGCUGGGGCUGUUUGAGAUCGAGCUGUCGCACGAGUUCUACUGGCUCACCUGCUGCCUCAAGAGCGGCCUCUCGGCCGCGCUCCAGCACGGCCGUGCCAGCCCGCCGCCAGUGGAGCUGCGGGACGCUGAUUACGAGGCGGUUUUGACUCAGACGCACCAGGACUUUGUGCUGGAGACGUUUGCGGGACCCGUGUUUGCCUCGUUCCGUCAGCUGCUGGGCCUGAAGGAGGACGACUACGUGGGCUCCCUCGCCAGCCCGGGCUGCUACCUGCAGUUCAUCAGCAACUCCAAGAGCAAGGCCGACUUCUUCCUCACGAACGACAAGAGAUUUUUCCUUAAAACUCAGAACAAGCGGGAGUACCGAUUCCUCCUGCGCAACCUGCGCAAGUACGUGCAGCACUUUGAGAAGUACCCUCACACGCUGCUCGUCAAGAUCCUGGGACUGCACAGAAUAUCUCUCUCCAACGAGCCAAAGAAAUACUUCAUUGUGAUGCAGAGUGUGUUUUAUCCGGACGAGAGGAUCGCAGUCAGGUACGACAUCAAGGGCUGCGAACUGGGCCGCUGGACUCAGCCUGCGCCGGAGGGGAGCCCCGUCAUCGUGGUGCUCAAGGACAACAACUUCGGAGCGAGUUCCGUCCGACUCGGCCCCGAGCACCCAUGGUUCCUGCGGCAGUUGGAGCUGGACACGGCGUUCCUGCGUGGGCUGAGCGUGCUCGACUACAGCCUGCUGCUCGCCAGCCAGGACCUGCACAGCGACGAGCAGAUGCAGAACCACUCGUUCGCCAACCUCAUCAUCCGCACAAAGAGGUCGGUCGCGCUACGCACGUCGGACAACGGCGGUCUCACGCGAGCACCGAUUCCCGGCAGCGUCCAGGACCAGGACACGGGUGAAAUCCACGAGGGUGGAGACAGCGAUGACGGCGACGACGGCGACGGUGGCAGUAACAGCACCAACGAUGGCAGCAUCCCAGGCACCAACAGCCCGGGCGCCAAUAUCCCGGGCGCCAACAGAACCGGCGCCGACUCAGAAAACGUGGUGGGCUUCCCGUACGACAAGUCGGUGAGCGUGGAGACGUUCGCCCGGCAGAACCGGCGGCUGCUGCCGGCAUGCCGCAACGCGCUGCACGUGCUGGAUGGGCCGUGCACGCGCUACUACGUGGGCAUCAUCGACAUCUUCACGGUGUUCAGCGUGCGCAAGCGCCUCGAGGCCGCGUGGAAGAGCGUGCGUCACUGCGGCACCACCUUCUCCACCGUGAGCCCCGACCACUACGCGGCGCGGCUCAGCGCGUGGGCGCGCAGCCACGUGGAGUGACGCUGCCGCCGCUGCCUCCACCGCCGAUAUUGCCGAGUGGCCGUGCUAUUGCUGAGUGACGCCCCCGCAGCCAUCACAGAUUUUGCUGAGUCACUGCUCGUGCUGAGUGACAGCCGAGUGAUAGCUGAGUGACUCUGCUAUUGCCGAGUGACUCUGAGUCACCCUGUUUUCGACGAGCGACAGAUAUUGCCGAGUCACUCUGCUGUUGCUGAGUGCUGAAUGACGCUGCUAUUGCUCAGUGAUUCUGCUGUUGUUGAGUGACAGUCGAGUGACUGCUAUUUCUGAGUGGUGAAUUAAUGUUCAGGUUAGAAGCUGCCAAGUCACCCGUGGUUCUGUGUUUUUGGAAAUUGCCGUCUCGCGAGCAGCGACCGCAGUGGCAGCUGAUUGUUGGGCACCGCUUUUGUCAGAAGCACCACUGGAAGCGCGUGCUCACCUUGGUAGGCCCAGGCUUGGUGCAGCUGAGCUUGCGUUUAAAACGUUUGUGUUUGGCUGAACUCACUUAACCACACCUAGCGUGGGCCAAAAUAGACAAAUACAGACCGGAGAGCAAUGCGUCUUCAAACCAUGAUCCUAGUCCUUAGCUGCUCUUGGCCUCUGCCAUAUAUUUGUGAAGUUUAUCCAGUCACAGGUGAACAAUAAUAGUUUUUUUCUGCGUACUACCUCAACCGACGUUACGAUUGUUUACCUAUCAACAGCGGAGCAGAGUGGCUUCUCGCAGGUCUGUAGCGCCCUGAUUCAACACUGAGAUCUGCUUUUGCUGUCAUCAUCAUCAUAAUCAUCAGCCACGAUCAUCAAUCCACUGCUGGAUAAAAGCCUCCCCAAGUCGUCGUGAGCUCUCACGGUCCUGCGAUGUAACAAUCCGCGCAGCAUCUGUGCACGGACCACUAUCUUAAAUGAUAAACUUCAGGAAUGGCGACGGAUAUCGUAUACAGUGCUUUACUUAAAGAUUGCCACGAUGAUAAAAGUUAAAAUGCCACAGCUCAACUGCUGUAUUUUAAUUUUGUGCAUGAUCGAUGUGGCAAUAUAUGCAUACCGUUAAGAUAUUGCUCUUUGGUUCUUUCUGUAAAGUCACGCAGGUAUAAAAUAAAGUGAAUUAAAUCACGACGUUUCGAUCGCAACACAAGUAACCGUCAUCAGGUGGAACAGAUACAGCAGGAGAACUGCUGACAUGAUGACGGACGCUUGUGUUGCGAUCAAAACGUCGUGAUUUCAUUUAUUUAUUUUCUACCUACGUGACUUUACCGAAAGAACCAAAGGGUAAGGAUCCCUGCAGUCACGAAAACUUUAAAUCUAGAUUUGUUAAGAUAUUGGUUAGAAACACGUUUAUAAUAAAAUAUUAAUUUCUGAUGAUGCCCAUAAUCAAGGAUUUCCAUCCGUCAAAUUAUUGAUUUCCCAAAAUGCCGUACGGCCAUGUGAACUGAGUGGACUAUGUCAUGAAGUACCGCUUACAUCACGUUUCCAUGAGACACGGGGCUCUAGUACUCACAAUGGAAUCUGUAUUCGUAGUCAAGUCUGGUUGGCCGUGAAUUUGGGCUACAGCCCAAAUAUUCUGGGGUUGAUUUCGCCGCACGGACUAGCCUGAAUUCCCUCCGUUAGAGUUUGGGCAGAGCAGAAACGCAUCGCUAAACACGUUACAAUUACAAACGUCGUAGGCGGCAGGAACGUUCAACUUUUAACAUUUUUAUCUGUCAUUGAACAGUUGUCAGCAAUGCAGUCUCGACAUUUUACUUGCAAGUGUUGCUGGGAAAGUUUUACUCGGAAAAUAUUUCUGGGAAAAAUCUGCUCAACUUGCGCAGUAAUUCAAGUAACUCGGGGAAUUGAGGAAAUACCACUUUUUUUUUUACCGACUGGAGUUGCACCUCAUCAACUCGAGUUCGGAGGUAAAGCAAGGCAACUAAAGCCCACUCUAGUCAACUUGAGUUGUCUGUCCAUGGAAACAAGGUACUGUACUAGAUAACUUGCACGCAUGCUUUGUGCCAAGCGGUUUAUGAUGAUGGCAUGAAUUUGGACGAAAGUCACAUGGGGGGCACAUCAUCCACGUGUGGACACAAACGCGGUGUCUGCCGACGUUUCUCUCUGCUUGCAGGGGGCUUCUUCAGGAACUAUUAAUCGAAAAACCCGAAAAACACUACAGGGCUACACAGAAAAACCGAUGCACCAUUACAUACCAGCUAAUUACAACCCACGAGGUUGGAAGGUUUUCUUUCACCAAAGAUUUACAGAAGCACCUCUUUCACUAACGGACGAGUUCAUUGCAUGCGCUUUAACCUCAGAACAUUUAUUUUAAGAACCCUUACACAUCACGUUGCUUGGUGUGUAUUACAUCCAUUAAUGAAGUUAACGGAAUAGGAAGGGACUUGGAUUUCCCCCCAUGAAAUCUUUAGUCUAUUUAGGCCAGAACAUAAAUUGGUACCACACCGUCUAAGGUAUGAGAUCUCGAGCCGCACAGAUUUACUUUACACGGCUAACACGAGAGAAUUGCCCGAUAACCUCCUCCGCCGCCCGCCUGCCCGCCCGUUUCAAAUGGCAAUCGCCGUGAUUUACCGUUGCCGGCCAGGCCACAUCAAGAUGUCGUGGUCUGGCCGGCCGGCAACCUGCGGCUCCUUUGGUUGCCCCCAAGCAGCUCUUUGGCUUCGCCCCUUUUUGGGUAGCCGUUUUUUUUUUAUUUGACUGAAAUCUUCAAAAACAUAAUUUGACGUAAAGAUAAUUCUUCUUGGUUCUUUCGGUAAAGUCACGUAGAAGGGAAAUAAUAAAAUAAUAAGAAUUAAACAUAAUAAAAUAAUUCUCACGACGUUUCGGCCACAACGCAAGCAGCCGUCCUCAGGUGAAGAACAGGACUGUCGGGAAGACAGCGUCUGAAUGAAACACCCCAGGCUUGGUGCGUAUAUUUAAGCUGGGUUGGAGGGGAAGAGCGCCUUGACAAAAUAAUUUGCAUAUCAAGAGGAAUUUAGCAUAUUUAUGGGAAAUGCAGAUAUGGGAUUAGUACUACUUGUGUAGGAGGUGGGCGGGGGGUUUCAAAGUCAUAUUAUGCCCGUGCAUUAUGCAGGAUUAGCAGCACAAAGGGAGGGGAUACGUGACUUUACCGAGAGAACCAAGAAGAUGAAUCCCUGCAGUCACGAAAGCUUUAAAUCGAAAUGCAAAGACAAUUUAUUAAAUACGGCAGGGAAUGCGGUCACGAUGAAGUGUCUUGUUGACAACGAAAUGUUCAACAGUUAAACUGUGUUGUUAAACAAUUACUCGGGGGGAGGGACGCACUAAACACAGUUUAUUCCAUCACCUAUUUUGUUUAUUUAAGUCAGAAUGUGAUUGGUUAUAUGCUGUAUCUACGCUGCCGUGUUUGUGUACAAGUAGCUCUGCGCAUGAUGCGGCUCACGAACUAUAUUUGCACAAGACAAAAUAACAAUGGCUCUUCUCCAGAGAUUGACGACCCAUGCACUAAAGCGAUGCCACUCCACGUGGUGCCCAAUUAUUUCUGCUCCUGGGCCAGAGGUCGCAAACGGGUUUUGAUUCCUUACCCGUACCCGGCCGCACCAGGGUCGCAAUCGGGUACGGGUAGCCGGGUAUCGGGUAGGGUACGGGUAUCGGGUACCCGAUUGCGACCUCUAUCCUGGGCUCAAUUGCCGUCUCCUUCUGCUGCGUCGCACUUUCGCGGACAAGGCUGCCACAAAGUGGCAUGGCAACCCCAACCUUAGGACUGAUGAGUUUGUUGUGGCCUUGCGUUAAGAACGAAUAACGGGACCCCCCCUCCCACUCACCCACUCCUUCCCACGUGCGCUGUUAUCGCUGUGAAUAUCUGAACGCUUUCUUUUUUGGCCGUGCAAUUAAAAUGGAAUGUCAUUUGAUAA